GCCAGGAAAUGGGGAAAAAGAGGCAGUUUGUGUGUGGGAGGGCUGUGUGUGGGAGCAGCAGUAAGGGGAAGGGCAGGAGAGCUGACUUCCCCCUUCUUGUAAUGAAAGGGGAAAUGCUGGAGAGUUUCUGAGGGUCUGGAUGAAAGAUUUGGGGCUGGAUGGAUCUUUCUGGGGCUGGACGGAAUCUUUUGAGGCCAAAAGGAUUUCUGAGUGCUGCAUGAAGAAUUUGGGAGCUGGAUGGAGAUUUUGAGGCAGGAUAGAAAUUUUGGAGUGGAUGGAAGUUUUUGGUGUAGAUGGAGUUCUGAGGUGGCUGAGCACUGAUGAUUUGGGGGUUGACUGGGGCUUUCUGGGGCCUGAGAGAUUGUAGAGAUUGGGUCUGGAUGUGGAGAUUAGAGCUGGAUGGAGAUCUGGGGAUGGGAUGAAGGAUGUGGGGACUGAGUGGAGGUCCUGAAGCUCAAUUAGAUCCCAGAUACUGGAUCCCAGUCCACCCCAGUAUCCUACCACAAGCCCUGUGGUAUCCCACAUUCUUAACAGUCCACCCCAGAACCCCGGCAGCAGAUCUCUGGGACUCCCAAACUCUUUCUAAGCAAACGCAAACCCCACUGCUACUGUGGGCUUCCAAAUCUGUCCUAAUCCAUCCAGAACUCCGAUAGCACCGGUGUGCUGAAGAACCAUGAGUGAGCACAACCUCAUGUGUGCAACUACCAGUGUGCACAAGAACAUGCAUGCACAAGAACAGGUAUGUUGUGUGCAUUCAUGCAAUUCAAGCAUGCUAAGUGCAUGUGUGUUCUGUGUGUUCACCAUCACAUCUGCACUACAUGCACAUUCAACUACAGGGUUGUACGUUAUCAGCACAUCUGAUACACAUCAUCACGUGUGCACACACAGAAGAUGAGCACACGUGUUCUAUACACUUUACUCUGUCCUUCAGUGUGUGUGUGUAUGACACCAUGUGAGUGCAUAGAUACCUGAACACAAUAGCGCACACAUGCACCUUUAGCAUGUGCUUCUCAUGUUGGAACUACAAGUGCUUUCACUGCACACAUGUGUACAUGCCAUGUGCCUCAUGUCUGCGCCAAAUAUCUGCACCACUGUACAUAUGCAUCCCUAGCAUGUGCCCCACGUCUGUGCAAGUGCCACUGUGUCCCCAAAGGUCCAUGCUGCUGUCCCCAGUGGGGAUGGUAGAGGAAAGUGCAGGUGAGACAGAGUGUGGUACCCAAAGCGCGUGGUGACACCUGGCUGGAUGUGUUGGGGACCGCAUGUGACAUCCCAUGUGGGACACCCCAUCGGAGCCGCAGCUCCUGUCUGUGGCAUCCCAUGGAGGACACCAUGCAAGGCCACGUGCUGGCAGUGCUUUGGGGACCGUGUGUGACAGCUGACAGAUGACAGCCUGUGUGGGGCACCGCAACAGUGUCUCCACAGUGCCUCCAUCUCUUGGGUAAAAUUGCCACAUCAGUUGGUGACAUCAUGUCAUCCUGUCCAAAAGCAGAACUGGCGGGGGCUUUCUGGUCACUCCCUGUCCCCACUGCAGUCUCACUGUCCCCAAGCUGCUCCUGCCUCAUGGCGCCAAUGGCACUGGCCCUCAUCCUGGGAUCGUGUCUGGUGGCAGUGAGCAGGGCAAAGCACCUGCCCCGACCCUCCCUGUCGCUGCACCCCAGCCAGGGGGUGUCCCUGGGGGACUCUGUCACCCUGCGGUGUCACCUCCCCAGCCUGGCUGCCCGGGUCAUGCUCUACCAGAACAGACAAUGGAGAACCGAGAAGGAGAAGGAGAAGGGGCAGACCACAGUGGAGUUCUCCUUUCUUAACACAAAGUGGACAGACAUGGGGGUGUAUCAGUGCCAAUAUCGGGUGUUGGAUCCACCUGGAACAUCAGAGAUCAGUGACCCCGUGGAAUUGCUGGUGACAGAUCCCAGCUACCCCCAACCUGGCAUUUCAUUGAGCCCAGAGGAACAGGUUAGAACUGGGACCAAUGUCACCAUCCAGUGCUGGAAUCAAGGCUAUCAGGGCACCAUCUUCCUGCACAAGGACGGGCACUCAGCCCCUGUCCAGCGCCAGGACCCCGAUGGUAUCGGUGACACCCGGACCUGCACACCCAGGUGGCACGGAGCAGCUGCACGGGAACAUGUUGGCAGCAGUGGCAGGGGGCUGUGCUGCCACCCUCGUGUUCAUCCUCGUCCUCAUCAUCUUCUUCCUCCUCGCUGCCCGCCGACGCCGGAUGUGGACAGAUGCCUCCCCCAGAAUGCCCGAGGCCGUGCUGCUCCAGGUCAGUGUCUGUGUCAGCCAACCCCAAAUCCCAAUCUGCCCCUUGGGUCCCCAAACCCAACUCGGGAACCACAAUCCCUGCCCAUGGGGAGCCCACAAGACACCCAGACCCAAAUGGCUUACCACAACAUUAUGUGCACCCCCAAAUCCAGCCCAUUGGGGCACCCAAUCUGCACCAUGGGGGCUCCACAGGCCCCACAUUUAAGCCCCCAGACACCCUGGUGCCCACUGAGCCCUAAACAGCCCCCAGACUCCAUGGCCACCCUCACACUGAGUAAGAGGACUCCAACACCUCCCAUGGUCUCCAGUGUCUGACCCCUAGGGACCCCAAAUCUCGACCCCAAACCCACCCUCUUGGACACUCCCCCUGCAGACUUACACCAUGGCUGUUCCCCACCAAGCACGCUGGGGAUCCCCAUGGUGGCAUUUCACUGUCCCCCUCUGUCCCCAGGUGCCCCCAAGUGACAGCGAGAGUCUGACCUAUGUCGAGCUGCAAGCUGAGCCCCCCAGCACUCGGCCCCCUGCUCCCCCUGCUUCCCCACAGCCCUCUGUUAUCUACGCUCAAGUGCG